UGGAAUUGACAGUCAAGAACCGCUUCUGUGUUGCUGUGUGAUGACGAGGGACAAUAAUGGGGUCAGGGGCAUCUAAAGCGCCAUCUGUUGACACAUCAGCAAGUAAGGAUAAGGAUUCAAAGAAAGCCACGCCCAUCCACCGUGGAACUGUGGGUAAGAAAGGGAAGCCCAGUCCACAUCCGCCUCUUACUUCAAAAAAAGAACUCCUUAAAGACGUCGACCUUAAGUUUAUCGAUGACAUUGCGCUGCAGGUUCCCGCGGACCUUCUGGUGGAGGAUUUCUGGGAUGUGGUGGAGUACAUGAUUGUGACGCCGGACGGACAGGUCGUCAAUGAUCUGUUCAAAGUUCGCGCCAUCUUCCGCUGGAUAGUGUCGUAUGACAUAAUGAACAUCGACACAGACGUACUACCGCCCGACGGAUCCCCGCUGGAAUACUUCCUGAAGAUUCAGUGCGAGAUCGGCGACCACGCCCACCUCUUCUACACCAUGUGCUCACUAGCGGACAUACCAUGUGUUAUCAUCAACGGGAUGACGAAGAGCGCCAUGUACGAGCUUGGUGGAGAAGUGGAUAGAACGAGUAUGGCCUCCCAGUGGAACGCCGUGUAUGUGGAAGGAGAGUGGAGAAUUGUGGACUGUUUCUGGGCAUCCGUAUGUGUUGAUGAGAGGAACUCAAUAGACAGAGUGGAGCUCACAAAGAAGAACCGUCUAAAGCGAGUGAUGGAGGACGGCGAGGGCCCCGUGCCAUUCAAUGACUUCUAUUUCCUGGUGGAUCCGGAACAGUUGUUGUGGACCCAUCUUCCGGACGAGCCUGCAUGGCAGCUGGUGAAGUCUACGAUUACAGAGAAGGAAUUUCAAGAGAGGGCUUAUGUUAGAGAACAGCUCCACAUACUGGACAUGGAGAUUGGAAAUAACUGUAAAAACUGUAUUCUCUACACAGAUGGGGGUCCGGUCAAUAUUGUGUUUACGUUACCAAUGUCAGAAGGAAGAUUCUACAAGUUCGCCUACAACCUUAGUCAGAUGAAAAUGGAAGUGAUAAAUGGCGAGGAAAAGCCUGUAGAUUUACUUCUCGAACGCUUUGUUUUCUUUGAGCACACAGAGGAACAAGUCAAAUUCAUAAGCAGACUACCGGUCACUGGAAUGUUCCAGUUUGAUAUUUUUGCGGUUGAUGUGCAACAUUCCAAAUCCUACAAACUUCUUUGUACCUACUUGAUUCAGUGCGAUGGGAAAAGCGACUCUAUUCUGCCUUUUCCUGAUUGCCCCGACCUAGGGUGGGGUGUAACACCUCACGCAGAGGAUGCUGGGAUACGUUUAAGAAAUAAAGAAAACCCUUGUGGACGAAUCACCACGAAAACCGGAGAAAUUGAAUUUAUAUUCGAGGUACAAGAUAUUCCUUUCCUGUCUAGUUCUUUGAAAAAUGUGCUAAUCAAUGAAGCAUUAUUAAGCAAGUACAUUUUGUCGCGAAGAGAUAAAGAGAAGUAUAUAGUGAAAGUUCGAUUACCAAAAGAAGGAGAAUAUGCAUUGAAAAUAUUCGCCGACGACGGGGGAAACAAAAUAGAGAAUUAUAUUCCAAAGGACAUCAUAAACUUACUCCUCUAUUUCGAUGGAGGCGAACAGAUAAACGAACCUUUCCCUAAUGUUGCUGGUGGCAACGUAGGAACAAAGCCCUACGCAGAAAAGUUUGGUAUUGACGUCAUAAGUUAUCAAAACGGAAUGGUCAAAGCUUGGGGCGGAAAAGCACGAGUUGAGUUUGAAACACACUCCGAGGGAUUGGUCCUCAUGUGUGACUUGUCUUCAAGUAACAAAGACGCCCAAGCAAGAGGUAAGAUAGAGAGCACCCAUGUGGACAACCAUUGGGUAUUUGACUUAACACUUCCCGUUCCGGGCGACUACUCUAUGAAUGUCCUAGCGGCCAUAGAUGAGGACAGUAGCAAUGUCUAUGAGAUUCAGAGUUACAUGAUAACUUCCAUCGUCAGUGAUGUUAAGCGCGUUAAGUUUGCAGAGGAUACAAAGGAGGAGGACGACAUUAUUACAGCAACUAUUAGGACAUCAGAGGAAACCAUCACAAUCCCAAUCCCGCGUGUAGACGCGUCAGAAAAAGUCUUUACACGUAUAAGUCGCCGCGACGGCAGAGACGGGGAAAACGGUACGCGACCCUCCGUGGCGGUCAACUCCGACACGUUUGACAUCACGUUAAAGGAGGAUGGCGAGUACGUGAUGGAUGUAUGGGCUCAGGAUAAAUCAAACGUGUUGGAUACUGUAGCGAGGUUCGCUAUCUGCCGCCGGCCUUCUAUUGACUCCUAUACUGAUGAUAUCGACGCCUUGAUAGAAUCUCUGAAACCUCAAGCAGAAGUAGAGGAAGAGAUAGAGGAGAAUAUUGAGGAGCAGCAACAAGCAGAGGAAGCGAUAGACGAGAAUGAUGAAGAGCAGCAACAAAACGAUGAUGUAGAUCAAAGCACAGUGUUAGGGGACGACGAAGAAAGUGAUUGCCAAAGUGAAAUCAGAGAUAGAGAGAAUAGUGAAAUUAAGACACCUUCUCAUAAUCAGAAAGAUGAAAAAGAGUCAAACAGUGAUGCUGAAGAAGACAAAAUAAAUACAAACGACAAUGAAAAACGAGAAGAGUCAGAAAUUAAUACUGCAGUUGUUAUCCAUACCACAACUAAGCUUAAAGAAGAAAGUUCUAAAUCUAAGAAUGUCAGCACUGACGAAAAUCGCAAUGAUCGCCCAAAAAGUACACAAGAGGAAAAUGAAGGUCGUCGUUCAGCCGAUAGCAUUCCAGCUGAAAACCAAAUUGCCGCAGGUACUGUUACCAGUGUAGUUGUUAAAGAAGGCAGGCAGAAUAGGGACUCAAUUUCAACCAAAUCAGACGACAACCAAGAGAAGGAAAGUGACGAUGUCUUUAGUUCCUCAGACGGGAGAAGUCUCGGGGACGUAGACUCAGAGAGCAUCUUCACGGUCCAGGAAAGCGACAGAGAGGACUCCACGCGGAACGACAGCGUAAGCGUGUCUGCGUUCGGGAAAGUGGCAGCGCAUGUCAUCGCCGAGGACCAGGUGGACAAUGAUAACGACGACGAUUACAGCGAUGAUGAAGACGAGCGCCUUACCAUGGAAUCUGAGGCAGAAGUAAAGCCCGACAUUGACGAAAAAAACAUGGACAAAGAUACCAAAGAUAAAUACCGUGCUGCACGUCGACGUACGAUUGUCCGUAAGUUACACAGAGCGAUACGAAACAGAAAAUUGAAGGAACUGGUGCGCAUAUUUGGAGAAUACAAAGCAACACAGCCUCCAAAGAGUGAUGAACUACUAAGGGAAGCUCGGCGGAUCAUUAACCAGCUGAAAGCCAAAGACAAUUUGAUAAAUGCCACGUUAUCAAAAGACCCGGAUAUCCUACGGGAGGCGAUAAACCGUGCCCACAAGUACAACUAUAACAUGGCGCUGACGGUACAGAUUCUGCUGGCUAAUCGUCUGCUGGAGAGGUACAUCCGGAUGAAGAAGAUAGAGACCACGGUCAUCGACAUGAACCAGAACGCCGUCACAGAGAUGAAGAAGUACACCCAGCCUCCCAACGGGGUACACCAGACCCUGGGAGCAACCUUCCUACUCCUGGGGGAGGGGGCUACAGUUGUCAAGGAUUGGAAAAAAUGUCAUGCUUUGUUGUUUAAAACUGGAAAACAGAGCAUUCUACGGCGUGUUGCGACAUUUGAUCCGAAAGACACCAAUCCCACCAUUGUUGCAGCUGCGCAGAAAAUCAUGAGUCCUUUUAAGUAUCUGCAAAUUCGUGACGUCAGCAAGGGAGCGGCAGCAUUUUUUACUUGGGCUAACAACAUGGUUCAACAAGCGGAGUCCUACAGAAACUCACUGCGGAAGAGCGGGAAAACGUCCGCGCGGAACAUCGGGCCUAGAUCCUCCAGUAUGGCGCCUCCCAGCGGCAAACGUUAAAAUUUUCACAGAGAGAUGACUUC